AUGUCAAGAAAUACGGAUAUGUUGAAUAGAGAUAAGUUGAUAAGAAGUUUUACGAAACUUGGUGAUGUGGUUGGGAAAGACCUUGUCUCAGUUGACGCAUGGAAGAGAUAUCCACCAAAAGCUCCUGAACCAAGGACCUCAACGCCAGGAAUAGGCGUUGGUCAUUGGCCAAUUCGCAUUGCAGCGAAUGAAAAUUCGAAAAAGAAGUAUUGUUUUCUAAACUGUAGAGUUUGCCUAAGUCAGGAGCCAAAAAGACGUAGGGAGACAAUUUACCGAUGCAGCGGCUGUCCCAAAUCUCCUCCACUAUGUCCAGAAAGCUUUGAAACCUAG